UCAGGCUGGGAAAUUCGACCAGUGCCCUGCACAGCGCCGAGACUGGAAGGCAAUCUGAGUGUUACUGUUCCCCCCCUCCGCCCCCCUUCUUCUUCUUCUUCAUCGUCGUCGGCGUCACCAUCAUCAUCUUUCUCAGCAGUUUCUCCAUCGGAGCAGGAAGAGUUGCGGAUUUCCCCAGAGGCGGACUGUUUGGUUUCUGUCCCCCACAGAGGAGGAAAAAAUAAUGGGCGCCCUCAUGACCUGAUCUAAAGGAAAGAAUCGCUUCCCGUCCUGGGAGGAGAAGCAACCGGACAGGCUUGGGCAGACGAUUCUGCUCAGUCGGAGAAAAUGCAGGUGUAAGUAAACGUCCCCAGGUUCUUGAACAACCACCGCAACAAAAACAAGAGAUUUGCCUCAGAGCCAAGAAGAGCGCAGUCAGCGAAGCAAACCGACCGGUGGGGGGAGGGCUGGAUACCUCUUGUGGGAGGGGGGCUGCUCCCCUUGGCUGGCCACUUCCAAGAUUCAUCCCCCUCUUCGCCCACCGCAUGAGUGCCCGGGGAGGCCCUGAUCCUGCCUCCAGGGGGCUUCGGGGACUCUGCCGCAGCGCCCACCCUAUGGCGAUCCCCCUGUGCUAAGACGAGGCGAGGGCGGUGGUCUACUCGGGAGCGGAGAGCCAGGGGGCAGGAUCGGGGGUGGUGGUCGCCCGGGAGGGCGGCGAUGAGUCUGGUGGGGGGCUUCCCCCACCACCCGGUGGUCCACCAUGAGGGCUACCCGUUCGCUGCUGCUGCGGCCGCUGCGGCCGCCGCCGCCGCCGCCAGCCGCUGCGGCCACGAGGAGAACCCCUACUUCCACGGCUGGCUGAUCAGCAGCCACCCCUCGGAGAUGUCUCCGCCAGACUACAGCAUGGCGCUGUCCUACAGCCCCGAGUACGCCAACGGGGCGCCGGGCCUGGAGCACCCUCACCACUACGUGGGCGGCGUGCCCCCCCCGGGCAGUGGCGGCGGGCCGCCGGGCUUGGGAGGCUGCCCCCGGCCGGUCAAGCGCCGCGGCACGGCCAACCGCAAGGAGAGGCGCAGGACUCAGAGCAUCAACAGCGCCUUCGCCGAGCUGCGCGAGUGCAUCCCCAACGUGCCGGCCGACACCAAGCUCUCCAAGAUCAAGACGCUGCGCCUGGCCACCAGCUACAUCGCCUACCUCAUGGACCUCUUGGCCAAGGACGACGCCAACGGCGAGGCCGAGGCCUUCAAGGCCGAGAUCAAGAAGACCGACGUCAAGGAGGACAAGAGGAAGAAAGAGCUGAACGAAAUCUUGAAAAGCACAGUUAGCAGCAAUGACAAGAAAACCAAAGGAAGGACUGGCUGGCCGCAGCAUGUGUGGGCUUUGGAGCUCAAGCAGUGAGCAAGACGAGGAGGACUGGAGGGAAUAUCUGAGGAGGACUCUGGACCUUCACAAGAAAUGGCUGAGCUGAGGAGGACUUGUUGUUUUGGAAUCGUCUGGUUUAUUUAUGUGCAAUUUCCCUCCCCCUAAUCUCCCCUUAAAAAUGUGGAUCUUGGAAGAAAAGCAUUCCAUGUUUGAAUAUAUGAAGAGGAAAACUCCAGCGUGGUAAGGGGUAACGUGGUCUCCAUAGUUGUGUGCGUGCGUGUGUUCCUGUGUGUGAUUUUAUUUUUUUAUUUUUUGGUGAAUGUUAUUUUGCUUUGUAUAGAACACAAGGGGCAAAAAAAAAUCUUGCAGGCAUUAGUGUGUGUAAGUGAAGUGUAUAUCUUUUAAACCUGUCCUCUUGGGUAAAUGUGUGGAUGGGAAACUCGAGUCAGAGCCUCUGCCCCCCCCCCCCAAGGUUUCCAGUCUUCACUGGGAUGGGACUUCAGUGUAGUGUUCUUUUCCUCGUGGUCGCUUAACAGCUGGGAAAGGUUUUCGACAGCUCUUUUGUUUAUGUGCACUCCGGUCCUUAAGGCAGCAAAACAAAAAUUAAAAUUAAAAGAAAAAAUCCGUGGAGCUGAAUUAAUAUUGCAAGGUGUAAACGCUGUAAGUAUUCAAUAAACCACUGUGUGUGUGUGUUUUUGUACUAAAAGCAAAUCUUACCUUGUGUACCUCGGAGAGGAAAACAAACACCUUGUUACGGUUCACAUAAUAUUGGAAAGUAAAUUAUAUAAGCUGCCAUCCUAUGCGGGGAUGUUAUUUGAGGAAACCUCACUGAGUCGGUGAGAUUUGCUUCGCAGUCAGUAUUUAUAGGAUCGGGCUGCAAAUUGAAAAAUAAAAAGAUUUUUCUUUACAAAUGCUU